AUGAGUUUCAAGUGCUAUAAAGAUAAAAUAGACGAAGGAGAUACAGUUAUUCUCUAUCUCAGUAAUAAUCUUCAUGCAAUUGAAGUACAAACAGAAAUAAAAAAUAAAAAAGGCGAAAUGGUGGAGAAUGUUUUUCAAACAACUUUUGGUGCCCUAAAAGUUAAAAAUCUCAUUGGAAUCGAGUAUGGUAGCAGAGUAGAACUAUCCAAAGGCUGGGGCCAUGUUAUUCAACCAACACCUGAACUGUGGUCGCUUACAUUGCCACACCGAACCCAAAUUAUUUACACACCAGAUAUAAGUAUGAUCCUGUUACAACUUGAUCUAGUUCCUGGUGCCAUUGUUAUAGAAGCUGGCACUGGCAGUGGAUCACUGACUCACGCGUUGAUAAGGCGUGUACGUCCAAAUGGUCAUGUCUACACCUUUGACUUUCAUGACCAUCGUGCUAAAUUGGCGCGAGAGGAGUUUGAAUCGCACGGCAUUGCUGAUUUUGUUACGGCGCAACACCGUGAUGUGCUAGAGCAAGGUUUCGGAGCGGAUCUAAGUGGGAAAGCCGAUGCGGUUUUCCUUGAUCUACCAAAACCGUGGGAUGGGGUACCACAUGCAGUGGACGCUUUUAAACAAGAAGGUGGCCGCUUCUGUUCCUUCUCGCCGUGCAUAGAACAAGUCCAAAGAACUUGCGAAACACUCGAGCAACAUGGCUUCCAAGAUAUAAGUACCAUGGAAGUACUCCAAACUGAACUUAAAGUUAGCAGAAGGACGGUCUCUGUGCGGGAUUUGUCUUUCUUGAAACAUAAGAGUGUCGAUAAUCCAGUAGAAGAAAAACCGUCGAGUGACAAGAGCUACGUGGUAGGUGCCUGGCCAGCAUCGACGCCCGGUCACACCGGGUAUCUCACUGUCGCCACUCUGCCGCCCGCGUUUCUUAGAAAAGCAACCGUAAAACCUGAGAACGGAAAAUCGGCCCCGACCGAAGUCAUCGAAUUGAAAAGUGAUUCUGAGAGUGGUGAAGACAAGUUAGUUGUCGACGAAGGUUAA